AUGGCUGACGAUAGCAACAAAAGACGCCGUUUAUCGGAGGAUGGCAGCUUCGAGGCCAAGUUAGUUGAAGAGAUUGUAUCAGGAAAAACCGAGACGAAUGGCGAAUCUACCGAAACACCAGCAAAGCCGCAAAUGAGGAGAGAACUGUUCGUUCGAUCUCUCCCAGCGUCAGCAACGACCGAGAAGUUGACAGAAUUCUUCUCUCAAUCAUACGUGCUCAAACAUGCAACAGUCGUUAUUGAUCCGGAGACCAAGAAAUCGAAGGGCUAUGGAUUCGUGACCUUUGCAGAUAUUGAAGAUGCCCAACGUGCAUUGGAGGAAUUCAAUGGCGCUGAUUUUGAAGGCCGGAAGAUUAAGGUUGAAGUCGCACAGCCUCGUAAGCGUGAAAUCGAUGAAAAGGGAGGCAAAAGUGUACCUACUGCAGAAUCUGUAAGACUCAAAGCGGAACGUACCAAAGAAAGAGAACAGACGGCACCACCCAGACUGAUUGUACGAAAUUUGCCUUGGACAAUCAAAGAGUCUGACCAACUUGCGGCGCUGUUCCGCAGUUUUGGAAAAGUUAAACAUGCUGUUGUGCCGAAAAAGGGCAAUGUCCAGGCAGGUUUUGGAUUUGUUGUGUUGCGUGGUCGGAAGAACGCCGAGAAAGCACUGGAAGCCGUGAACGGAAAGGAGGUUGAUGGAAGAACUCUGGCUGUCGAUUGGGCGGUGGAAAAGAGUGUUUGGGAAGAGGCUCAACAGAAUGCAGAAAAGAAAGAUGUGGAUGAAGAUGCAAUGGAGGUUGAUGCUGAAGAUGACAAGGAGACCGGAGCUAAAAAUGAUGAAGACGAAUCUGUGGAAGUUGGUUCGGAGGAGGAAGAUGAGGACGAAGAUUUGGAUGACGAAGAUUUGGAUGAGGAUGAGGAUAAGGAUGAGGACGAGGAAGACGAAGAAGAUGACCGCAAUGCUGCUACUAUUUUCAUCCGCAACCUACCUUUCACCAGCACAGACGAGACGUUAUAUGAGCAUUUCAAGCAAUUCGGACCGCUGCGAUACGCACGUAUCGUCGUGGACCAUGAGACAGAACGCCCAAGAGGAACAGGUUUCGUUUGUUUCUGGAACGCAGAAGAUGCAAUUGAAUGCCUCAGGGGUGCUCCGCGACAAGUCGAUGCUGGCAAGGAAGAUGCCAACUCUAAGAAAAACUCUACAAGCAUCAAACAAUCUGUGCUGCAGAAUGAUAUGCUCGAUCCUACCGGAAAAUACACCAUGGAAGACCGUGUUCUCAACGUUACUCUAGCUGUUUCUAAAACCGAAGCCAACAAAUUGACGGAGGAAGGUGUUUCUCGCCGAUCAGAGAGAGACAUGGACAGGCGCCGACUUUUCCUCUUGAAUGAAGGAACUAUCAACACCGCCUCUUCGCUUUAUAAGAAAUUGGCGCCAGCAGAAAUCAAAAUGAGAGAAGACAGUCUCAAGCAACGUCAAAAUUUGAUCAAAAACAAUCCUACGCUACACUUGAGUUUGACUCGAUUGUCCAUCCGAAACAUCCCCCGAGCAGUGACGUCCAAAGACCUCAAAGCUCUUGCUCGUGAGGCCAUCGUCGGCUUCGCCAAAGACGCAAAAGAAGGUCGCCGCCAGCCGUUGUCUCCAGAGGAACUAUCCCGUGACUCUGAAGAGACAAAAGGUGACGACAAACGCCGUCGUGAAAAGGGUAAAGGUCUUGUCAAGCAAGCCAAGAUUGUCUUUGAAGGGCGCGACGGCAGCAAGAUUGAUGAAAAGACUGGUGGAGGACGUAGUCGCGGUUACGGAUUUAUCGAGUACUUUAGCCAUCGACAUGCAUUGAUGGGAUUACGCUGGCUCAAUGGGCACGUUGUGCAAGUAAAGUCUAACGACGGAGAUAAAGAGAAGAAGAAGAGACUUAUUGUCGAGUUUGCAAUCGAGAAUGCUCAAGUUGUUAAGAGACGGAAAGAGUUCCAGGAACGGGCACGCACUAAGAAGGAGGAUGGAAAUGAGAGAGGCGGUGACAAUGAUAAGAGAGGAAUGAAGAGGAAGAGGCCUGAAGGUCGCGGAAAUAACAAGGGAGACAAGCCAAAAGAUAAAAAGGAAGAUGCCGGCGAAGAGGAAGACGAUGAUGAAAAGAACAAGAUUGCGAAGAGGAACCGGAUCAUUGCUCGCAAACGUCAGCAACGAAGAUCAAGGAAGGGUAAAGCUUAA